UAUACUCAAACAUCGCUUUAAACUUAUUAUGUGAUUAACGUGGGAUAAUUGGGUUUACAGAAACCAAUAAUCUGUGGAUUCAGAGAUUAAAUUAGAAUUAGGAUCAGUGGAUUUACCAUGUAUUUUUUUUCUAUAGAAUUCCUCUUUCUGCUUAGGUCGACAUACGCGUGACUUUACAUCCAGCUGGAAAAAAAAUGAAAAAUAUACCCAGGCGAUCUAAUUUCUAUUUAUUCCGUCAUUUUCCCUUCUUCCGAAACAUUUGUUACGUGGAAGAUAUUUUUCUUCCAUUAAAAUGAGGAGGACGUCGACAUAGAAGUUGAUGGAUUUCAAAAAGAUCGUCCAACUUUAAUUCUUUACGGCUGACGUUCAGUGGUAUGGGGUUACAUUGACACAGCUAGGACUUCUAAGUAAUCAAAGAUGUUGAUAUCAUUGUGACCUACGGAGAAUUCUGACAUUGUUGUAUAUCUAAACAAAGGAACAAGGAUCUGUCCUGUAGGUCGAUGUCUUUUUCUUUUCUGCUGUUAAAGAAAUAUAGGAGAGGACACGCGAGUGACGAACAGUCAAGUUCCCGCGAAUAAAGACAGAGGCACCCCCUGAUGUUGCAUGUUGUGAUGAGCCCUCCGAAAUCCUUAAACGCACCACGUAAUCUUAUGCCUGUCUAUUAAAGCGUCGAGAUGCCAGUUAUUUGACAGAGCGAACGCGUGUUUGAGUGGGUUGGGACGUUCACAAACGUGCACUCCAAUACAAAAAUGUCAACAUCGCGUACUCCUGUAUUGAUCAGCUGAGCAGACGAUACGAAGCAAUUCAAGAAACUGAAAGAAGAAAAAAAAAGUUAUUAUAAACAAUAAAGUCGGAUUAUUGAAAUUCCGAGGACAUCAUGGAAUGGAUUAAACAUUUGUGCAUUGUGAUUUUAUUGUGUGCUACAAAUGUACUUUCUCAGGAAAAUUGUCCCGAAAAGUGUGUGUGUAUUCGGGGAUCCACAGUGCGAUGCAUGUUUCUACAGUUGGACCGGGUGCCUUCGGGAAUCCCCCCUACCACAACAGUUCUAGAUUUAAGAUUUAAUAGGAUAAGGAACAUUCCAAGAGGAACUUUUAGAGAAUUGAGGAGAAUAUCUACUUUACUGCUUAAUAAUAACCAGAUACAAAGGUUGGAAAAUGGAGCAUUUGAAGGCCUUUCAGAAUUACGAUAUCUAUAUUUAUAUAAAAAUCAAAUAAAAUCUAUAGAAAGCCAAGCUUUCAGCAACUUACGAAAUCUACAGCAAAUAUUCUUGCACCAUAACAAUAUACAGAAACUUUCACCUGCUUUGUUUUUGCAUUCCCGUAAUCUAAGAAGAUUACGCUUAGACUCCAACUUACUUGAGUGUGACUGUGAUAUAAAAUGGUUGUGGACCUAUCUGAGGACUAACGCGGGUAGAGUCCACACCACUGCGGUAUGUCACGGACCAGCGAAUCUCCGGGGACGACACCUCAGCCAGCUUACAGAGGCAGACUUCAACUGCGAGACUCCACACUUCACAAUGGAGCCCCGAGAUGUGAUAAUUACCAUGGGGAACACUGCCUAUUUUUCUUGCCGCGCCGAUGGAAACAGCAACUACAAGAUUUCCUGGCUCCAUAAUGAUUUAGAGGUGGAUCUACAAGACAACCGAGUGGCCAUGCUGACGGACGGGACCCUGAUGAUCCACAACACAGUGGACUCGGAUAAAGGAACAUACCAGUGUGUGGCCCGCACCCCCAACCAAGAAAUCCGCACCAAUAAAGUCCAGCUGACCUACUCCAGAGUGACUCCUUCAAUGGUGACCACUCCCUCUGACACCCAGGGUUUUCUGGGUCAAUCUGUCCGACUGUCCUGUCGGGCUACUGGAGUCCCACCCCCCACCAUCACCUGGAAAUUCAACUCCAACACCAUCCUACCCAGCAGGAAAUAUGCCGUAGAUUCUGUCGGAAACUUGGACAUUACAGAUCUACGGAAGUCUGACGAAGGGGUGUACUCAUGUCAGGCCAGCAAUGAUGAGGGGUUCGCUGUGGCUGAUGCCAGGGUCACUGUGCAGGGAGAGGCUCCAGUCCUGGUGCGGGCCCCUGAUGACCUAACUCUGAAUGAGGGAGACACGGCUAGAUUAACCUGUGAAAUCUCCGGAAGUCCACAACCCAACAUCACAUGGUACAAAGGAAAUGAAGAGCUUCAGGCCAGCAGACGGAUUCAGAUUGUGAACGAAGGUAGACAACUCCGGGUGGUCUUGCUGCAGUCUUCCGACAGAGGGACAUACAGAUGUAGGGGAGAGAACUCAGCUGGUUCAGUAGAAGCCUCAGCCAGAUUGACUGUCACUCAAACUGCUGUACCGACUAACAACAGGGAACAUGACACGGAGGGGAGACCGGGAGAAGACAUCAUCUUGUUGUGUUCUGAGGAUGGAGACCCACUGGAAGCCACCAGGUGGAUCCGUAAUGGAGUCAGCAUUUUACCGGGCCCCAAGUACGCUUUACAGGGAAACCGCCUCACCAUCAGACAAGCCACAUGGUCUGAUUUUGGGAGAUAUGAGUGUUUUCCUGAAAACACACUGGGAUUUGCCAGGAAUGUCGUCAACUUGGGCUUUAGAGAGAGACAGAUCCAGGCCAAUUAUUCAGGCCACUCCUUUGUAAAUCCAGCCAUUCAGCAGGCCACCAAUUUAGUGGAUUCGGCCAUCAACCAAACAAUCAAGAAUCUCUUCAACAAGAAUCGAACACACUCCGUCCAAGACCUGAUCACCAUUUUCCGCUAUCCAUCUGCUGAUGCCCUCCAGCUAGCCAGAGCGGAAGAGAUAUUCGAGCAGACGCUAGAAAUUAUACAGCGACAUGUUGUGGAUGGCCACAAGUACAACCUAAGCAAUAAGGCAUCCAGUUACAAGGAGAUUCUCUCCCCUGGUCAUUUGGAGCUGAUUGCCAACAUGUCCGGAUGCUUUGCUAAUCCACGGAUUAUCCGCUGCUCAGAGAUGUGUUAUCACAAGAGGUUCCGCUCCAUGGAUGGCCUGUGUAACAACCUCCACAACCCGACUUGGGGGGCUUCAGUUAUUGCUCUACAGAGAAUGCUGCCUCCAAUUUAUGAAAAUGGAUUCAAUACACCAGUUGGUUGGGAUGCUGCCAGAGUGUACAAUGGCUACCAUCUCCCAAGUCCCCGACUGGUGUCUUCCUUCUUGAUGUCCACUGACCAUGUGACAAUGGAUGAACACAGUACCCACAUGUUGAUGCAGUGGGGCCAGUUUCUGGACCACGACAUGAGCCUCACCCCUCAGUCUGUCAGCAAUGCUCGUUUUAGUGAUGGCCGCUUCUGCAACGAAACCUGUGAGAACCAGUAUCCAUGUUUUCCCAUCAGGGUUCCAAGGAGUGAUGCAAGAAUUCAGCAUACAAAUUGUUUGGGAUUUUCCAGAAGUAGUGCCAUAUGUAAUUCAGGGAGUACCUCAGUGUUUUACAAGACUUUUGCACCUAGGCAGCAGAUAAAUGCAAUCACUGCUUUCAUUGAUGCCAGUUCUGUGUAUGGAAGUAGUGACUUCGAAGCUCAGAGAUUGCGAGAGUUUUCAAAUGGACGUGGACUUUUGAGGGAAGGUGUUUUGUCAAAGAACAACAAGAGGCUAUUACCAUUUGACACUGGAAACUUUCUUCAUCAUUUUGACUGUCAAAUUGAGCCGAGUAAGAGACAUGUUCCGUGUUUCCGAGCUGGAGAUAAUCGUGUGAAUGAGCAUUUAGCUCUCACUGCAAUGCACACACUGUGGGUCAGACACCAUAACUACAUUGCCACCGAACUACAUGAAGUCAAUCCACACUGGGAUGGAAAUAUAUUAUACCAUGAAACUAGGAAAAUUCUUGGUGCCAUGAUGCAGCAUAUAUCUUACAAGUUCUGGCUACCUCAAGUUAUUGGAGAAUCGGGGAUGGCAACCCUGGGAUCAUACAAAGGUUACAACCCAAGUGUUGAUCCUUCCAUUUCCAACGAAUUUGCCACUGCAGCAUUCCGAUUUGGUCACUCUCUAGUUCAACCCAUCAUGUUCCGACUGAACGAAAGUUUUGGACCCAUACCGGAAGGAAACCUACCACUACACAAGGCUUUCUUCUCGCCAUACAAAAUUCUAGAGGAGGGAGGCAUUGACCCCCUCUUGAGGGGACUGUUUGGGGUGGCAGCCAAGAAGCGGAUGCCAGAGGAAGUGAUGAACAAGGAGCUCACAGAGAAACUCUUCUCCCUGGCUAAUGCUGUGGGUCAGGAUCUGGCCUCCCUUAAUAUCCAGAGGGGAAGGGAUCAUGGGCUGCCCUUUUACAACCACUACAGACAGAUCUGUGGCCUGUCCAAAGCCACUAGCUUUGAUGACCUGGCCACUGAGAUGCCUCAGCGCAGUGUCAGAGACAAACUGCAGGCUCUAUAUGGACAUCCAGACAACAUAGACCUGUUUGUGGGGGGCAUGGCAGAGAAACCUGUGGACGGAGGAAAAGUGGGCCCAACAUUCCUGUGUAUAAUUGUGGACCAGUUCAAGAGGUCGCGUGAUGGAGACAGAUUUUGGUAUGAGAAUCCAGGAGUGUUUGAGCCUAAUCAAUUAGCAGAAAUACAACAGGUGACCUUAGCCCAGGUGAUCUGUGAGAGCAGUGACGAGAUAAAGAGGGUUCAAAAAGAUGUCUUCAUAAAGGCGGAGAGAGAUGAGGAUUAUCUCGAGUGUUCUCGGAUUCCCAAACUAAACCUGAAAACCUGGUCCGAUUGCUGUACAAAUUGUGAGAAAUCGGGAAGCUUCCAAUCACUGACCAACCAUUUCAGAAGUGGACAGAGCUCUCAGUUUUCUCACCGAGAGGAUCGGGAGCACAACACCAUUCUCCAGACCCAGCCAGCGGCGGACAACUCUCAGAUACGCACACUCAAUAACCAGAUGUCAGUUAUGGACACAAAGUUCUCAAGCAUGGAGACCGAGAUCAGAGGGCUCACCAAGACCGUGGUCACCUUGAAGAGAAAGUUGAGGAAAAUGAACAAGUAUAUGAGGAAGUCUAUGAAAACAGGGUGCUAUGACAACACUGGACAAAAGAGGAAGCAUUUAGAUACAUGGACGGUCAAUAACUGCAGGACCUGUACUUGUAGGGGAGAUCAAGUUGAGUGUACAAAGCAAACAUGUCCCCCUCUACAAUGUGAGAACCCUAGGACAGUGGAGGGCCAGUGUUGUCCAGCAUGUUAAUUAGGUCAACGGACAGUGAAACUGACAAAUCUUCAUUUGGUGCAAGAGGAAAACUAUGAUAUUUGAUGUGAAAUCAUGACCGCAAGCAACAAUGAAGUCCCAAGUGUGUGUUGAUAGAGCAACUGUGAUUGAAGCUUGCACAAGUUUUUUACUUGAUAUACAUAUAUUUUUUUUUUUAAUUUCUCACAAAAAGUGCAAUAGCAAAAAAGAAAAGCCACUUAUGGUGCACACACAAAGAAUAUAGUAUGGAGCUACAUGUAUAAUGAAGAAAAAAUAUUGGGGUUGCUAGCUGAUUUGGCAUUGGUGAACUAAUUCAUUCAUUUGUAUGUGUACUAUGUAUAUGGUACAGGCGAAAAAGGGAAGGAUAAAAGUACAUGGAUAAAAUCAUUUACUGAAUGUCUCAUGGGAUGAAUGGAUGGUUUAACUUCUUCUCAUAUUGUCUCCACAUUUAAGAUUAUGUGUAUUAGUGGUAAACUUUGUAUUAUGUACAUGUAUCCGUAUUUACACUGUAUACCAAAUAUGGUGAUUUUUUGGUCAUGUCACUUGAAUAUGCUUUUGUGGGGAUCUGUGUAAUUUUGUUGAUUCCCCAUUGCUUUUUUCCAUGUACUCCUAAUUCAGUAAUAGCUGUCUUGCCUUACAUAAUUUUUAUUGAAUAAGACAAAUAUAUAAUAAUAUAAUGUAAAAUAAUAAUAUAAGAUAAUGCCCUAAAAUCAAUUAAAUGUUCAAUUGAUCUAAUGGGCAAUUAUGGAAGGAAAAUCCUGGAGAAUACAAUUUUGUUUUAAUUUAAUUCUACAUUGAAACUGAAACCACAUUGGUUAUUUAAUAAUUGUAGUUCAAUGAUUAUUGUAAACCCAAAAGCUUAUCUUGCAGUGUUAUGCAUUAAUACUGCAUGAUGGAGGAAAAUACCGGUAAAUAAUGAACCGAUAUUGUAUUUUAGUGGCUCUAAGAAAAUUGGCCAUUUACCCCUUUCCUUACUUACACAGUGCACUCUAGGGUCAAAUGUAUCAGAAAUAUUUCAACAGCAGGACAUGAAUUUUCUUUGUAUUUCUUAAUUCAAUUUACAGAAAAAACAGAAUUUUCCCUGGAAUGUGUCAUUGUGAAUUCUUAAUCACUUCAAUCAAUUUAGUUAUCUAUAUGUUGUACAUUGUAUUGAAAUUUUCUACCUCACCCCUGGUUCUUUUCAUUUUUUUAAUAAAAGCAUAUUAAAUUUUGUCAUCCACCCUUAUUCAUCUAUGAAGUAUCUAUGCAUAACCAGUUAUUAUUUUUUUUUUAGUUAUCAGUAGCAUUUAAAAGGAUUUGCCGGUCUUUUACUGGUAGAGUUUCUUCCCCUACGUUUAGCAUUGUACAUAAUAUGGAGAGUGGGUUAUUACAUGCUAUAUUUCACUAUUUGUUAGACAUUCUGGAUCGACACAUGGUUUUUAAAAAUAUCAUGAAUCAACAUUAACAGAAACUACUUUGAGAAUGGUAAAUUUUGAUAGAAUGAUAAAGAGUAGAAAUUUUGUUUUAGCAUCUCCCGAUUUGUAUGUAAAUGACAAAAUUAUAUCUGUACUUUUAUGAAAUAAAUAUGCAAAACAUUUUUUUCAGGUACCAGUAUUUGCAGCAAGACUUAAGUAGAUAAAAAUCGUAAGGAAAGUCUCAUCCCCCCCCCCCCCCCCCUUAACAUACCAUGUAUACACAUGCAUUUAAAGUAUGGGAAGAAAAUCUAUUGAGAGAAAUAUCUUUUUAAUACAGGAAUUACUUUAAAAAAUGUCCAUUUUAAAGUGGUUGUCUUACUACAACUGCAUUGCUUUAGAUAAGUUUUUAUUAUUAAAAAACUCAAAAUUUUUGUUAGCAACACUUGCGUAUAUUUGUUUACCUUGACAACACAGUACCAUGUGGCUUUUAUUGUGGCCUUAGUAAAAUGAAAUACUCAGCAAUAGCAAACUUUAUAUCACUGUAACAUUUUAAUCUGUAUGCUUAUCUAAUUGUGAAUAAAUUGCUCUUGUAUUAAUUUAGUACAGGAGCUACAUCUGAGGUUCAGGUUAAUUUGAUAAUCCAACAAUCGGUGCUUUAAUUACUUUUGUACAAGCUUUGUUUCUUUGUUUAAUUUUUUUUUUUUGGAUAAAGCAAUUUUAUUGUCUUUUUCAGUAGAAGUACUGUACUGUUGCACUGUAACAUGUAAUAAUUUACAUGCACAUCCUAUUUUUAUAGUUUUGUCCUCAGAGGUGCUUUUUUUUAUUGUGAUUUUAGUGAUGUAUUCCAUGAUAUUUUCAAGGAGAGAAUAGAGCCAUUAAAUUAAGACCUUUUCCUACUAACAGUAAUAAACAACCCAAAAAGAAAAUGAAAUAAUGUUGCUAUGGUCAUACAUGAAUAAUAAUUGCACAUACUCGUGUCAAUGGGUAUAGUAGCUAAACUUCAGAUUUAACAAACUCAAUCUGAAAUGAAACUGAAUGAUUUACCAACACUGAUGGUUUGGAACAAAAGAUUUAUCAGUUGGAAGUGGAUUUGUAAAUGCAAGUUUACCAAUUUACUGAUAAUCUUAAAUUUUAGUUUAGUUUGUUUUCAUUACUAGACAAAUAUAAUUAAGAACUCCCUCUCUUUAAGUAUAAAAGUCAUUAAAAUAGAAACACUUCUAAACAUUUUUUUCCUUUUUUUUAUCAAAGACUCCAAACACCUUGCUUAAACAUGCAGAUCUGUGUACAAAGAAUAAAUUUACAAUUGAUAUUGUUUCUGCUGAAUCAUGAACCUCAAAAUAUUAAUGAAAUGUAUACAUUUUUCUGCUACAUUUUAUUGUGUAUUUUUUAUAUUUACAUAAAUAAAAAUUUCAACAUGCAAA